CAGAUGCCUCCGUUGGAUGCCGCAAAGCCACCCUUUCACCGGAACUCCAACUCUUUGGUAAACAACAUCAAAAGGUGUGCAUGAGGAUAAAGGGUGUAAGAUCUGGAAUAAAAGCAGUUUAUCUGGGUUCCAAGCCACACACAGAGAGAGGAACACACAGAGAGAGGAACACACAGAGAGAGCGACAGAACACAGACCUCCACACUGAUCAACUCCAAGGUUCAACAGCACCUUUUAAGUCCCCAGAGAACCGACAACCACCCGGAUCAGCAAGAGAAAAACACGGUUGCUGUUUCUCACCCUUCAUCAAGCUGAAUGUGGACCAUUGGAUUAACACGUGUGAUAGAUCUAAUUGUGUUCAAUCGUAAACAACCUUGGAUCAUCCCUGUGGACACAACAACAGUACCACUCCUCUCCAUGGCGGAAACUGGGCUCCCCAGGUUGGAAGCUACCUUUAUCACCCGGAUCCUCUUCCCCCUGCUCUUCUUGCUGCUCCUGAUGUGGCCCCUGUCUGGGCAGGGCAGCCCCAUCUCCCUUGCCCCAGAGAGGCAUCACCCUGCUCCCGGGCUGAGGGACAGCCACAGGGGAGUCAUAGACCCAUCUCUGUUGGAGCAAGACAGUGAUGUGGACAUGCAGAGCCUGCUGGUGAAUCUGAGAGGCCAGUUUCUCCGGACCUUCAACCUGUCUGGCCUGGGCCCUCCUGCCCAGCCACCUGGCAGUGCCCGUGUGGAGCCUCCUGAGUACAUGAUGGAGUUGUACAACCGCUUCGCCAAUGACCGCACCGCCAUGCCCACCUCCAACAUCAUCCGCAGCUUCAAGAAUGAAGACUCACCUCCCUGCAGUUUGGGUAGUGGAGGGGUGAGACGACACCCUCUGCUCUUCAACGUAUCCUUCCCCCAACAUGAGCGCAUCACCGCCGCAGAGCUGCGUCUCUACACCCUGGUCCAGACCAACUGCAACCUCUACACCCUGGUCCAGACCAACUGCAACCUCUACACCCUGGUCCAGACCAACUGCAACCUCUACACCCUGGUCCAGACCAACUGCAACCUCUACACCCUGGUCCAGACCAACUGCAACCUCUACACCCUGGUCCAGACCAACUGCAAUCUCUACACCCUGGUCCAGACCAACUGCAACCUCUACACCCUGGUCCAGACCAACUGCAACCUCUACACCCUGGUCCAGACCAACUGCAACCUCUACACCCUGGUCCAGACCAACUGCAACCUCUACACCCUGGUCCAGACCAACUGCAACCUCUACACCCUGGUCCAGACCAACUGCAACCUCUACACCCUGGUCCAGACCAACUGCAACCUCUACACCCUGGUCCAGACCAACUGCAACCUCUACACCCUGGUCCAGACCAACUGCAACCUCUACACCCUGGUCCAGACCAACUGCAACCUCUACACCCUGGUCCAGACCAACUGCAACCUCUACACCCUGGUCCAGACCAACUGCAACCUCUACACCCUGGUCCAGACCAACUGCAACCUCUACACCCUGGUCCAGACCAACUGCAACCUCUACACCCUGGUCCAGACCAACUGCAACCUCUACACCCUGGUCCAGACCAACUGCAACCUCUACGCCCUGGUCCAGACCAACUGCAACCUCUACGCCCUGGUCCAGACCAACUGCAACCUCUACGCCCUGGUCCAGACCAACUGCAACCUCUACACCCUGGUCCAGACCAACUGCAACCUCUACACCCUGGUCCAGACCAACUGCAACCUCUACACCCUGGUCCAGACCAACUGCAACCUCUACACCCUGGUCCAGACCAACUGCAACCUCUACACCCUGGUCCAGACCAACUGCAACCUCUACACCCUGGUCCAGACCAACUGCAACCUCUACACCCUGGUCCAGACCAACUGCAACCUCUACACCCUGGUCCAGACCAACUGCAACCUCUACACCCUGGUCCAGACCAACUGCAACCUCUACACCCUGGUCCAGACCAACUGCAACCUCUACACCCUGGUCCAGACCAACUGCAACCUCUACACCCUGGUCCAGACCAACUGCAACCUCUACGCCCUGGUCCAGACCAACUGCAACCUCUACGCCCUGGUCCAGACCAACUGCAACCUCUACGCCCUGGUCCAGACCAACUGCAACCUCUACACCCUGGUCCAGACCAACUGCAACCUCUACACCCUGGUCCAGACCAACUGCAACCUCUACACCCUGGUCCAGACCAACUGCAACCUCUACACCCUGGUCCAGACCAACUGCAACCUCUACACCCUGGUCCAGACCAACUGCAACCUCUACACCCUGGUCCAGACCAACUGCAACCUCUACGCCCUGGUCCAGACCAACUGCAACCUCUACGCCCUGGUCCAGACCAACUGCAACCUCUACGCCCUGGUCCAGACCAACUGCAACCUCUACGCCCUGGUCCAGACCAACUGCAACCUCUACGCCCUGGUCCAGACCAACUGCAACCUCUACACCCUGGUCCAGACCAACUGCAACCUCUACACCCUGGUCCAGACCAACUGCAACCUCUACACCCUGGUCCAGACCAACUGCAACCUCUACACCCUGGUCCAGACCAACUGCAACCUCUACACCCUGGUCCAGACCAACUGCAACCUCUACGCCCUGGUCCAGACCAACUGCAACCUCUACACCCUGGUCCAGACCAACUGCAACCUCUACACCCUGGUCCAGACCAACUGCAACCUCUACACCCUGGUCCAGACCAACUGCAACCUCUACGCCCUGGUCCAGACCAACUGCAACCUCUACACCCUGGUCCAGACCAACUGCAACCUCUACACCCUGGUCCAGACCAACUGCAACCUCUACACCCUGGUCCAGACCAACUGCAACCUCUACACCCUGGUCCAGACCAACUGCAACCUCUACGACGGGGUCGACCGCAAGGUGACCAUCUAUGAGCUGGAGCAGCAGGAUGGAACAGGGGAGAACAAUAGAACAGAGGAGGACAACAGAACAGGGGAGGACAACAGAACAGAGGAGGACACUGAGAAAGGAGGAGGAGGUGAAGGACGGGAGCAGUUAGUGGAGCUGGCAUCACGGCAGGUCUAUGGUACUGAUAACGGCUGGGAGGCCUUUGACCUGACCGCUGCUGUCCAACGCUGGCGCAAGUCAGAGUACGGCACAACCCACAGGCUGGAGGUGCACAUAGCAAGCCUGGCCUCUGAGGGGAACGGAGGGCAGGCACUGGCAGAGGGCGAGGGAGAAGGAGAGGAAGAGGGGAGGAGGACAUUUAGGGAAGAGAUGGAAAUAGACACCAGCCCAGAGGACAAACACAAACCCCUGAUGAUCGUCUUCUCCAAUGACCAGAGCGGUGAUCACCGUGACGAGAAGCAGGAGCUGAACGAGAUGAUUGGACACGAGACUUCGGAGGCGGUGCUUCAGGGUGACCUGGGGCUGAAUGGGCUAUGGGGGGAGCUGAGCCGGGGCCAGGAAGAGCAGGACGAAGAGGCCCUGAUCCAGAUGCACUCUAACCUAAUCUAUGACACAGCCUCUAGGAUACGCCGCAACGCCAAGGGCAACCAGUGCAUGAAACAGUCCCUCUAUGUGGAGUUUGAAGACAUCGGCUGGGACAGCUGGAUCCUAGCGCCGGCUGGGUACGAGGCCUUUGAGUGCAGCGGCAUCUGCGCGUAUCCACUGACCGAACACGUGGCGCCCACCAAGCACGCCAUCGUCCAGACACUGGUGAGCAUGAAGAGCCCGCAGAGGGUGGUGCAAGCCUGCUGUGUGCCUACCAAGCUGGAUCCUAUCUCCCUGCUUUACCUGGAUGACACAGGAGUGGUCACGUACAAGUAUAGGUUUGAGGGCAUGGUGGUGGCAGAGUGUGGCUGCAGAUAGCCAGUCUACACACCCUGCUAGUCAUAUGGACAUGGAGAAAGACAGUGGUGAAGAGAAAUGACAGGGUUUGGAUGGAACAAAGCAAAAACUAAGAACAAAAUGGUGGCAUUAGAAUACACAGACCCUGAAUUGAAUCUGGUAUCACCAUUGAGAACAGUUGAGAAGAGAAACAAAAAGGAAGAGUGAGCAUUGACAAGGGAGAACAGGACUAUGUUGUAUCUGCAACUAUGAUUCAUCUAAACUCCUACACUUUGUACAUUGUAAAUUUAUAUUUUGAAUUUCAGGAAAAUGUAUGUUAUUUUCUACAGUACAACGUCUACGAUACGAAUUCAUCAUUCUGAAUGACUAAAAAAGUAUGGACCUUCAAGAAUAAACUAUCCUUUUAGCCACACAGCACCCAGGCAUACAGUACUGUCCAGUAGGCCUAGCUGGUGGGACCUCACAGGGGGAGCGUUAGCUCUCCUUCUCUGACACUUAUCUCUGUUCUCCCCCUAGACGCUAACACUAAUCCACACUUAAUUUACCUGUCUCUCUAACAGUAACAGCAACAGGCUUCCCAAGGGGAAGCAAAAACCUGACUGGACUGGACUUCUGCUAGGGGCCUGCCCUCAUCCUCACCCCCACCACCUCCCCCUGGCACUUGGGCUGAGGUCAGAGGUUAGGGUGGACUGGGUUAUCUGGGUUAUCUCACCCACCUUCCCACAUUGUCCUCAGAGAGUCAGUCACAUGACAUGUGAGCCAUUCUCUCCCACUCCUCUGCACAGAUAAGGAGGUGUUGGCACUGAGAAACGUGCUCCGCCACUCACGACUGGGGGGGGGGUCUGUCAAGAUUCCAUGGUUACUAAUAGAAACAUGAAAAGAUUGUAUAAACUUAGACCGGGUGUUGAGCCAUUGUAUGUACAAAACAAUAGGACAGCACUCCAAUGAAUAAACUUAAAUGAACAUAUUUUUAUGUUACACAAACUUUUCGGGUAUGAGCCUUUCUUCAGCGAGCAUAGGAGGCAAUGGCAAUCAGUGUCACGACAACAAGCAUUUGUGAUGCAGUAAAAAUAUGUUCAUUUAAGUUUAUUCACCGGAGUGCUGUCCUAUUUUUGUUCUACUAACGUUAAUAGAAACAGACUCUACUUAUACUCUUAGAAAAAGGGUUCCGAAGGGGUUUUUCGGCUGUCCCCAUAGGAGUACCCUUUUGGUUCCAGGUAGAACUCUUUUUGGUUCCAAGUAGAACCCUUUUGGGUUCCAUGUAGAACCUUCUGUGGAAAGGGUUUUACAUGGAACCCGAAAGCAUUCUACCUGGAACAAAAAGGUUAUUUAAAGCCGUGGAACUCUUCUAGGUUCUAGGUAGCACCUUUUUUUCUAAGAGUGUAGCAUAACUCACUGACCUACAUGUACCCCCAUGUGCCCCCACCAUCACCACCCUGAAAACCCCCUCUGUCCCUUCACCUUUACUAUCCCCAUCCCUCUCCCCCCGGCCCUGCCAUCCUUCACGUUUAAGGAAAGGAUUUACCUGCAUUUGGCCUGUUAUCAUGGACAGGCUGAGGAUGAGAGGAGGGGGGUGGCACCUCAUGUCUCUCCUCCCCUCCUCUGUGAGACUUAAGGAGUUCUGUGUGGGGUCCUCUCUUGUUGUUCUGUGUUCUUCUAAUACAAAUGUAAUACAGUUCUCUGCUGCUUGAUAAUGUGAAAGCCUAUUUAUUGAUGAAUUUAUUUAUGUAAAAUUGUAUAACAUGGAUAUGCAUACAGAGGGUGAACAUACAGCACAUACUCUGACCAUAUUUUAGGAAACAGCCUUAAUUUAUAGAUAUUUUGUGAAUAUUAUAUUUUGUUACCUGUUGUUCUGGUUGCUUAGUGAAUCCUAUUGUAAAAUACUGAAGCAGCAAAACUGCAGUCUUAGAGUGCAUAAAUAAUUAUAUUUUCAUACAAUGAAUAGUUUAAAAAAUACCAUUGAAUAUAAAUGAUCAUAACAUCUUCAUCAGGAAUCAUUAUCCAUUUCUCCCUUGGCCUGACAACUAUGAACAUAAUGCAACACUUUAGAAAGGGGGCUCUCAGGACUAGGAAGCAGAACUCUGAGGUUGGGACAGUUGCGUACCACAGUAUCAGCUCACAGGCCAUAGUUUACACAUGUCACACAAACACAGAACCAUGGGAAACUGACUGGAAGCCCAGCUAAUGAACACAAUGGAUGGUCUGCCUGAUGGUCUGCCUGUCGCUCGCUAUGACAAACUGCAGAUGCAGACAGCUGCUCUGGAUGGAAAACCUGUCCUUCAAAGCUUUUUUGUACGCUUCAAAACACGGAGAGAAAAUGAACUAUUAACAUGGUUCCUUUGCUUCCAAUGCUCUUCUUGAUGGACUUAUAUCAACAGCAGCAGCGGUGUCAAGGCAUGUUAUUAUCAUGUAAUGUCAUUUUCAUGUACCAAUGCACAUA